AUGUACACUGGACAAAACCGUACAAAAUCAAAAGGACAGAAUAAACGCCAUACUGGUCGAUCGUACUGGUACCAGUACCAGCGAGCCGUUGCUCUUCCCCGGACGGUCAAGGACAACAUCUCAGCGGAGCAGACGAAACAACUUCAAGCACAUCAUACCGCACAGUCCAUCACCACUCUCGCCUCUUCUUUUAUCUCAUCCGCUCAGCACUGUAUUCAUGUCCUGUCUGACAACAUGGUGAAACUGCAGUCGUCAACCGCCUCAUGCCCUUCAAGUUUCCAAACCACCUCCACGCCAUCUAACCUCAGAUUCAACAGACGUAUGCCAAGGACCUCCCCAACUCAAGAGAAGGUCAAUUACGUCAGGAAGGAAGUCCGCAACAGUGUCACGCCAUUGCUUGAGGCCGUCAGGAAGGGCGUAUCCAAUUUGCUUGCUCGGGGCAAGUCUCAGGCGUCUGAAGCGGCGGAACCAAUAGGCAAGGGUAAGUGUCGUACGUCUCCCCCCGUCUCACACAUGUGA